UGCGACACCAGUUCUCACACUCGCUGCGAUGGAGUUACUCGUCUUCAUAGUUUUUCAGCUCCUUAUGGAGGUUCAGUCUGACAAUUCACUUCAGAAACCCACCAUCAGUGUUAGUAAAUAUGACGACUUGCUCAUGGUAGCAUGUGAAAUACCACUUUCAGUCAGAGCUGAUGUCAACUGUAGUCUCUACACUGAGGAUGGUGAUCUUCGGUAUCAAGGUGACUCUCAGUGGAGUCAGUCUGGAGGGAAUUUUUGUAUGUUUCGAUUAAGUCAUAGUGAACUCUUCACACGAUCAGUGAACAGCAGACAGCUGAUCUGUGUUUAUUCACUCAAGACUGAACCUGAGAUCAGAUCACCACACAGUGACACAUACACCAUCAGAGGUUCAACAUCAAACACCACUGAACAAACUACAACAACAGCCAUGAAAACCUCCCUCCCAUCCAAGACAAACCUGCCAAUUAGCACACCAAAGGAAACUAUAAUGCUGGUUUUCAUUGGUGUUGCUGUAAUUUUGGCUGGACUCAUGGGACUCAUCUGUCUGUGCCACUUUACACGCCUCAAACACCCAGAGUCACAUCAGGACAACAAAACAGAUCCCACAGACACUCGCUCUGUCAUUACAUCUAUAAAUCCCAUUUACCAGCCCUCAGAUGUAAAUGAUGUAAAUAAACAACAGAAGCAGGGAAAUACAGAGGAAAAUGAGAAUGUUUAUCAUCUGUACUGCACAAUCCCUGACAAACCAGUUCACUCAAACACAGAAGAUCAUGUGUACAGUUUGUUGAAGAUGCACUGAUGAAUUUCAUGUUUGUGUACAUUAUAUACAGCUACUAUACAGUAAGUAAAGUCUGUUUAUUUGCAGACAAAUAGGUGUUUAUUUUUAUUAUGCAGUGUUUGGUGUGGAAUAUACUGUGAACUGUUGAAUAACCAGAGGAUCUACUCUGGCAAGCCCCACUAGUGCAAUACCACCUUGUAAGAAAAGCUUGGGCGAGCUGAACUAAAAAUGUAAUGAUAAACUAGAUAGUAAAGUUCACAGACAAACUUUAAGUUGGCUUGAAAAAGCCUAGCCAGAAAGUUUAAAAGUUUUAAUUUCAGUUUAAAAUAGUUUAGUUUAAAAUAGUUUGAAAGAUUAAAGUCUGAAUGUUUUGAAGGCAAUACAGUCUAUUAGAACUACUAACAGAUAGAUAGGGUGUUGCUAUGUGGUUGCUAGGUUACUCAGGGUGGUUGCUAGGGUACCUGGGGUGGUUGCUAGGGUGUUGCUAUGUGGUUGCUAGGGUAUCCAGGGUGGUUGCUAGGGUACCUGGGGUGGUUGCUAGGGUGUUGCUAUGUGGUUGCUAGGGUAUCCAGGGUGGUUGCUAGAGCAGUUGCUAAGGUGUUGCUAUGCAGUUGCUAGGGUACUCAGGGUGGUUGCUAGAGUGUUACUAUGUGGUUGCUAGGGUACCCGGGGUGGUUGCUAAGGUGUUGCUAGGCGGUUUCUAGGGUACUCAGGGUGGUUGCUAGGGUGUUGCUAUGUGGUUGCUAGGGUACUCAGGCUGGUUGCUAGAGCAGUUGCUAGGCGGUUGCUAGAGUGCUC